UGUCCUCUGGCCCUUUGGAAAUCAAUGUACAGGACCUGACAGGCCACCCCAGAGAAGCUGCCCAACAAGGCAGCAUGUCCCCUCGCAGGAGCUUUGCCUGCAUGAUCUGCAUUUUAGAAAUAAGUGGCUUCAUCUUAGGGUCCACUCUUAGCCAACAAGUAAUACAAAGUGAUGGCUCUCCGUUGCCCAGAGACUGCCGAAUGAGUGCCUGGAGUGAAUGGUCAGAGUGUGAUCCUUGCCUUAAACUACAGUUUCGCUCAAGGAGCAUUGAGAGUUUUGGACAGUUUAAUGGAAAACGUUGCAUGGAUGCCCUAGGAGACAAACAGCAGUGUGUUCCCACGGAGCCUUGCCUGGAGGCCGAGGAUGACUGUGGAUAUGACUUUCAGUGCAGCACAGGCAGAUGCAUAAAGAAGCGGCUUCUGUGUAAUGACGACAAUGACUGCGGUGACUUUUCAGAUGAGGAUGACUGUGACAGUGAUCCCCGGUCCCCCUGCCGCAACCGAGUGGUAGAGGAGUCUGAGCUGGUGCGAACAGCAGGCAAAGGGAUCAAUAUUUUAGGGAUGGAUCCCCUAGACACACCGUUUGACAAUGAAUUCUACAAUGGACUCUGUGACCGGGUUCGGGAUGGAAACACUUUGACAUACUACCGAAAACCCUGGAAUGUGGCUUCUUUGGCCUAUGAUACCAAAGCUGAUGAAACCCUCAGAGCAGAAUAUUAUGAAGAACAGCUUCAAGCCUUCCAAAGAAUUAUCCAAGAACAAACAUCAGGUUUUCAUUUAGCUCUAAAAUUUAUACCCACUGAAGUUGAUACAAGUAAAAAUGAAGUUUCUCAGAGAACAAACUCUUCAGAUCAACAAAAUGACCCAAAUACUUUUCAAUUUUCAUAUUCCAAAAGUGAAACUUAUCAAAAGUUAUUGUCGUAUUCUUCAAAGAAGGAAAAAAUGUUUCUGCAUGUGAAAGGAGAAAUUCAACUGGGUAGAUUUGUGAUGAGAACCCGAGAUGUCAUGCUGACAGCAACAUUCUUGGAGGAUAUAAAAGCUCUGCCAGCUACUUAUGCAAAGGGAGAAUAUUUUGCAUUUUUGGAAAUGUAUGGAACCCACUUCAGUAAAUCUGGGUCUCUAGGAGGACUGUAUGAACUAAUAUAUGUUUUGGAUAAAGCUUCCAUGAAAGAGCACGGUUUUGAAUUAAAUGAUAUAAAGAGAUGCCUCGGGUAUAAUCUGGACUUAUCUCUAAGUAUCACUGGAAACACCGCUGAACCUGACCUCACAGCACAAUUGGAUUAUAGUAACUGUGUGAAGAGGGGUGAAGGUAAAGCGGUAAACAUCAGCCGAGAUCAACUCAUUGAUGAUGUUAUUUCACUCAUAAAAGGAGGAACCCAUCUGUAUGCCUUGCAACUGAAGGAAAAGCUUCUCAAAGGUCCCAAGACAAUUGAUAUGACUGACUUUGUGAAUUGGGCCUCUUCCUUAAAUCAAGCUCCAGUGCUCAUUAGCCAGAAAUUGGCUCCUAUAUAUAAUCUGGUUCCUGUGAAAAUGAAAGAUUCACACCUUAAGAAACAAAAUUUGGAAAGAGCCAUUGAAGACUAUGUCAAUGAAUUCAGUGUAGAAAAAUGCCACCCCUGCCAGAAUGGAGGCACUGUGGUUCUGCUAGAUGGGCAGUGCCUGUGUUCCUGCGCAUUCCAAUUUGAAGGAAUGGCCUGUGAAAUCAGUAAGAAGAAAAUACCCUAAUUAAGGAUUACCAGUCCCUUUCCCUGCUCCUAAUAAAACAGAGCUGUUGGCUACCCUGGACUCAUAUGGAACAAAAAACUGCCAGGACUUUCAAAUUUAAGAUCCUGCCCCUGGAGAUAGUCCUCUCUGCCAAGUACAAUGCAACAUGCUUCAUAAAAAUGCUACCGACCUCUGAAGUCUCUUCUCUCUUAGGUCUACAAUUCCCCCCACCCAUCCAUGUAAUGUUUCCAUUCUUUAUUCCUUAAUAAAGAGUCAGCAGCUAAAUAUGCCAGCACUGCUUUUUCCCAUAGGCAAUGCAAAUCCCUUGCUAAUAAAACAAAAUUAAAUUAAAAACAAAAUGUUGUUUUAAAA